AUGCUUAGGCGCUAUCACCACUCUGUUCGCAGCAUUACAAUCGGCAUCAACCAACCACACCUAGCAUUCCUGCACAUCUGUACCCACGCCUUCUUCAAAGCCAUACUAUUUAUGUGCUCCGGAUCCAUCAUCCACAACCUUAACAAUGAACAAGAUAUUCGAAAAAUAGGAGGACUACUCAAAACCAUACCUCUCACUUCAACCUCCCUCACCAUUGGCAGCCUAGCAUUAGCAGGAAUACCUUUCCUCACAGGUCAACCUCGCUUCCCCACCCUUACUAACAUUAACGAAAAUAACCCCACCCUACUAAACCCCAUUAAACGCCUGGCAGCCGGAAGCCUAUUCGCAGGAUUUCUCAUUACUAACAACAUUUCCCCCGCAUCCCCCUUCCAAACAACAAUCCCCCUCUACCUAAAACUCACAGCCCUCGCUGUCACUUUCCUAGGACUUCUAACAGCCCUAGACCUCAACUACCUAACCAACAAACUUAAAAUAAAAUCCCCACUAUGCACAUUUUAUUUCUCCAACAUACUCGGAUUCUACCCUAGCAUCACACACCGCACAAUCCCCUAUCUAGGCCUUCUUACGAGCCAAAACCUGCCCCUACUCCUCCUAGACCUAACCUGA